AUGCAUCCUCUUGUUCGCAGCGUCGAGUAUGCUGUGCGUGGUGCUUUGCCUAUCCGCGCUGAAGCUUUGAGCAAGCAAUUGCAGAAUGGCGAAAAGCUCGGUUUUGAUCGCGUUGUCUUUUGUAACAUUGGUAACCCUCAACAGCUUAACCAGAAGCCUAUUACUUUCUUCCGUCAGGUUGCUUCCUUGUGUGAGAACCCUGAAUUGUUAAAGGCCGAAAACCGUCAAUUGGUUGAAAAGCUUUACCCCAAGGAUGCUAUUGCUCGUGCUGAAUUGUUGUUGAAGAACAUCGGCAGCAUUGGCGCCUACUCUCACUCCAAGGGUAUUCCUUUCAUCCGUGAGAACGUUGCCAAAUUCAUUGAACGCCGAGACGGUUACCCUGCCAACCCCGAACACAUCUUCUUGACUCAGGGCGCAUCCUCUGGUGUUCAAACCGUCCUUCAGAUUCUUACUCAGCACAACAAGUGCGGUAUCAUGAUCCCCAUUCCCCAAUAUCCUUUGUAUUCCGCCACUCUUUCUCUUGUCGAUGCUCAGCCCGUCCCCUACUACUUGAACGAGAAGCAGAACUGGGGUUUGAACGUUGACGACUUGAAGAAGUCCGUUGAAGAAUCGCGUGCCAAGGGUGUGGAUGUUCGUGCCUUGGUCAUCAUCAACCCCGGUAACCCUACCGGCCAAUGUCUCAGCGAAGAGAACAUGCGUGAAAUCAUCGAUUUCUGCCACACUGAACACUUGGUCUUGCUUGCCGAUGAAGUCUACCAGACCAACAUCUACCAGCCUGAACAACGUCCUUUCCACAGCUUUAAGAAGGUCUUGAUGUCCAUGGGUGAGAAGUAUCAGGAUCAGGAAUUGUUCUCCUUCCACUCUACUUCCAAGGGUAUGAUCGGUGAGUGUGGUCGUCGUGGUGGUUAUUUGGAGUGCGUCAACAUCGACGAGCAAGUCCUCGACCAAUUGUACAAGAUCGCUUCCAUUUCUCUGUGCCCCAACGUUCACGGUCAGAUCAUGGUCGAUCUCAUGACCAACCCUCCCGCUGAAGGUGAUAUCUCUCACGAACAGUUCAAGAGUGAGAACGACGCCAUCUACGAAUCUCUCCGUCGCCGUGCUACCAAGCUCGCUACUUGCUUCAACAGCCUUGAAGGCAUGACCUGCAAUGACGCUGAAGGUGCCAUGUACCUGUUCCCUCAGAUCCAAAUCCCUGAAAAGGCCAUUGAAGCUGCCAAGGAGAAGAACAUGGCUCCCGAUGCUUUCUACGCCAUGGCCAUGUUGGAAGCUACUGGUGUGUGUGUUAUUCCCGGUACCGGUUUCGGCCAAGAGCCCGGCACAUGGCAUUUCCGUUCCACCUUCUUGCCCGAAGAACACCUCUUUGACUCUUUCUGCAGUGCCAUCGAGAAGUUCCACCAGGGCUUCAUGGACAAGUAUAGAGCUUAA